CUAUCUCUUCAUACGUUUAUCGCACAGAUAGGUAAACGAUUCACGGUUUAUUUAAUACGGUUAAAUUAGGUACUACGUAUAGUUAUGCUCUUGACAUGAAAUUAUGAAUGGAUAUUAUUUUUGCUAGAACGUUAACUAUACGCGAAAUAUCUAACUUAUUUAAAUAAUAAUUUUAAAAUUUAUUACCAUAAAAAUGAUGUAUUUUAUAUUUGCAUUUCUGUUAAUAUUUAGUAUUAUUUUAACCGGAAAAAGUUCAAAUUUGGUCAAUUAUGAAAACAACUUAAUCGUAAAUCAUAAUAAUAUUUUAGAAAAUGGAAACAUAAAACAUUCGGAUGGUAUAAGAAAUCAAGGUAAUAAACACUUUUAUACAAUUGAUACCAACGGAGCAGAAGAAUUUGGAGUUUUUUUUUUCUUAAAAUCGUUUUACUAUUCAGAACUUGCGACUUAUUCUAUUACACUAUUAUAGAUAAAGGAAAAAAUACGAAAUCUGAGUGGUGGAAAAACGGCAUAAUUUAUCAAAUAUAUCCACGAUCAUUUAAAGACACUACUGGAAACGGAUUGGGAGACUUACGAGGUAAUUGAUAAAAUUAACUCUUGUCAAAUAAACAAGUUUGGUAAGUGCAGUAUUUAACAUUAUUUAAAGGUAAAUAAUUUUUGGUGGCUUCCAUUUUGAAAAAUAAAAUAAAAAACGUGUAAUAAAAUGAUGUCGAUGAAUUUAUAAAAAAAAAAAGAACUAUAAUAUUGUAUUAUUACAUAUCUAUCGUUGUUAUAAUAUUACGUUAUUGUAGGUAUUUAGUUCUCAAAAAGACAGACAUACUUCGUACGAUUGGUACAGCCACUGUUUUUGGUGAAAAAUUGGAACGGUAGGAUAUAGGGAGGACAACGAUAAACCAUUGAAGCUUACUAAAAAAGAUUUAUUUUGAGCGAAGUUCAGUUGAUAGUGAUACUCUAUCACAGCGGUUCUUAACCUGUGGUCCGCGGCAGUCUUAACAUCUAACAUGAGUCAAUACGUGAUAUAAGUGCAUUAUUACAAUAUUUUUGUAUUAUUAUUUUACUUUUUUUCAUAUAAAAUGUAUGUAUUUUAAAUUAUAUCGUAAGAGAUAAACCUAUCUUAUCUAUCUUUAUUACACCGAUGACAAUGGAAUUCGAUACAAUUAAGUAUCUAAACCUAUUAAUUUUAUUAUUAAUAUUUAUUUAUCAGUUCUUUUUGUUCGUACGAAUUGUACAGGCAUACAGCACUUUAGUCGGCAGUCGUAUAUUUACUACCAAUAAGUGCAAUUUAUCGAUUGUACUCAAUUAUAGUUUUAUACCUACGUAAUUUAGAAUUAAUACGUGAUAUUUUUUCAAAUCAUCGUAAAGACAUUUAAGUUAAAAUGGAGCGUUGACUAAAUUUAAAAAGGAAGAAUUCUGACGUUUAUGAUGAAAAGACUCCGUGUAUGAAAAGAGUAAGAAGCUGCAAAUAGCUUAAAUAAAAUUGUAUUGCCAAAUGAUACAAUAAAUAACUAAUAAAUCAGUAUUACUGCGUUAUGUAAGAUACGAAUACGAAAAUGUAUCUAUAAUUUGUAAUAUAAAAUAAUUAUUAUAAUUUCAGUUAGGAUAACAUGAGAUGCUUUGUAAAAAAAAAAGAUAUUCGACAAAAAAUUGUUAGGGGGUCCGCGAUUUCUAAAAAUCUUUCAUCGGGGUCCGUGUUCUACAAAAGAUUUAGAACCGCUGCUCUAUCAACAAUAUGUAUGUCAUAUUAUGGUAAAAUAAUUAAAUAGGCAUCAUGUAUUUUCUUUAAUAAUACUUUAAUAUUGUACCGAUUUUCCCGUUUUUUCACAUUUUCUUUAAAGUACCUCCCCAGUAAGAUUAUCUUUUAGAAAAAGUGCUAUCAUUGUAAAUCGGAGCAAAAUUGCUGGUAGAUAAGUGGUCCACAUAAAAAAAAAAAAAACAUCUUUGUAAAACUAAUACAUUCUUUGUUACACUCAGAAUCUGAAAAGUAGAUGAAUACAAUAAUUUUUGAUAUCCUUUUACCAUUUACAUUACCUUACUUUUAGAUUCUGAGCACAGUGAGGGAACUAUUAGUUUUACAAUGUCGUUUAUUAUUUUUUUCUUCUUUGUUCUAGACAAUGGACACAUUUUUUCCUAGUAAACUUGCUUCGAUGUAUAAGUGUAGCACCUUUUCUGAAAGCUUAAGUUGUCUAGAUUGUACUUUAAAUAAGUUGUUUUUUGGAACUACGGGGUGUGUCGGGUGUGCCUUAGUAAUUUCUUGUAAUCUAGCAUAACUACUAGAAGAUAAUAGGUAUUUAACAAUAGUGUAACAACAUUAAGUAUAGAUAACCACCGCAAUACAAAUCAUUAUAACUCACUAGGUAUAUGUUUUAUUUCAUGAUAAGAUAAACAUACAUAUUAUAAGAUACAUAGUUUAAAAAAAUAUUUUAUUCCCAUUAUCCAAGUCCUUGAACAAUUAAUUGUAUUAAACUUUAAUUCUUGUAAAUAACUGUACAAUUUUUAUAGGUGAUAUUUAGUUCAAAUUGUCUAACUCACAGUUCAGUAAAGAAUAAUUGUUUAACGAUUUAGGUGUUAUUGAAAAAAUACCUUAUCUUAAGUAUUUGGGAAUCGAUACUGUUUGGUUAAACCCAAUACAUCCUUCUGCGGGGAUCGAUUCGGGUUAUGACAUAAUCGAUUACAGAAAUAUAGACGAAUUGUUUGGCUCAAUGGACGAUUACGACGAGUUAAUUGAACAACUUCACAACAAUGGUUUGAAUAAUUUAAACAAAAAACCGAAGCGGUACAGCUAUAUACAAACAUAGGUAAUAUUAAUGUACUUUUUUUUUUUUUUAAUAGGAAUCAAAAUUCUUCUCGAUUUUGUACCGAAUCACACAAGUGAUCAGCACGAAUGGUUUGUUAAAUCAGUACAAAAUAUUGAACCUUAUUCUGAUUAUUACGUAUGGGUUGACGCAAAGUACGUAAACGGUACCAGACAAGUUCCGAAUAAUUGGGUGAGAAAAAUGUGUACUUACCUAAAAUAUUCUAAUUUGAUUAGUAGUCAUUAUACACUUGCUUGAUAUUUUAUUUAUUGUUGAAUGCGCUACGGUAAUUUUAUCGGUUUGCUCUAAUUAUCCCAGAAUAUGUGUGUUUAUUUUAUUAAAUAGAUAUCGAUCAUGAAAAACUCUAUGUGGGAGUGGAAUGAACAGCGGCAACAAUAUUAUUUACAUCAGUUCUACAAAGAACAGCCAGACCUUAACUAUAAAAAUCCAUUAGUCCAAAAAGAAAUAAAAGUAAUUAAUAUAAUAAAACAAACCAUAUUUCUGAAAAAUUAAUAAUUUUAAAGUUCGUAUUAUUUAUUAGGAUGUUAUGAGGUUCUGGUUGGAUAAAGGUGUGGAUGGAUUUCGAAUAGAUGCUUUUGGAUGUUUGUACGAAAGACAGGAUUUAAAGGACGCACCUUCGAUCCCUAAAAUCCCUGAAAAACAACAAAGAAUUGGGUAUACUAAGUGUCUCGACGAAUCGUACGAUGAAAUAAAAUCUUGGAGAGUCGUUCUAGAUGAAUACAAGAAGAUAAAUUCUGAAACCAAGUACUUAAUAAUACUAUAAUUUAUAUUAUAUAACACUAUAACGAUGGUGAUGAAGUAUGUAUGUAAUAGAAUAAUGACAGUUGAAAUCUAUGGCGAUAUGGAUUUGCUAAAAAAGUGUUUUGGAAAUACAACACAUCCCGGUGCCCAUUUUGUGCUUAAUUUUUGUCUUGGAGGACUCGCACAUCACCCUGCAAAAUCAUUCGUACAUAACCUUAAUGAAAGUUUGUUUAAAUCUACACCAGGAGCGUGGCCAAGUUGGGUGGUACGUAAUCAAAAUUAUCAGAAUAAUACCUUUAAACAAAAAUUAAAAUUAAUUUUUGUUCUCAAAUUUUCAAACCAACUUCAUGCGAUAAAGAAAUAUUUUGAUAAUAUUAAAAUAAGUACCUAUAAUUAUGAAAUGUAUAGAUUGGAAACCAUGAUAUUGGACAUCCUACAACGACAUUUGGGGAGGAGAUGAUCGACGGUAUUCAUAUGGUACAGUUGCUCUUACCGGGAACACCUGUUGUGUACAUGGGUGAUGAAUUGGGAAUGACAAAUACGUAUUUGAGAAAUGAUCAAAGCCCGAAUGACAUCAAUAAUAUUUUUUUACGAGAAAGAGGCCGAACACCAUUCCAAUGGGAUUCGACGGCUCAAGCUGGAUUUUCUAAUAAAACAAUAACAUGGUUACCAGUGAAUCCUAAUUACGUGACUCGGAACGUUGAAUACGAAAAAAGCGCUACUAAAAGUCACCUGAAAAUAUUCAAAGCAUUAGUUAAUUUACGAAAGUUAGAAGUUUUUUGUACUGGAAAUGUAGAAUUUUACGAAGUAUCAAAAUACGUAUUCGCAUUCUCGAGGUAACAUAAAAACCGUAAUCAAUACACAUUUCCUGAAUUUCGUACACCUAUUUAAAAAAAUACAAUGUUAACAGCGGCAACUUCCAAUUUUAAGUCAUUGGGCUAAAAUUAUUAGUUCCCCUUUUCUCUUUUUUUUUUUUUUAGAAGUAACAGCAUUUUAAGAUCAUACUUUGUUAUCUUGAACUUGGGAAGUGAAAUUGAAAUAAUUAACCUUAGGAAAAUUAAGCGACUAUUGCCUUACAAAAUGAAAGUAAGAAUUUCAAGCUUGAACGCAGAACAAUAUACCGGGUUAGUACCAAUUAUUAAUUCCAUUACGUUAUUCCUAUUACGACAAUUAUUAUUGCUUGUAUAUAAUUUUAAUUUUCAGAGAAAUUAUCCGUACGGAUUCGUUUACUUUAAGACCUAAUGCUGCACUUGUUUUGGAGUCUUCGUUUUUUUAAUUUAUAAUAAUAUUAAAACAAACUUUAGUUUAAUAUAUUAUUAAUGAAAUCUAUAGAGUAUAUUUUAUUAUAUAUUAUUAUUAUAUUUUAUAACCUAUCUUUUAUCAUAGUAUUCAUAAUAAAUAG